GCUGACGACCAAUCAUACCAUCCAUAAAAUUGCAGCUUCACCUCAACUUCACAGUAUGGUGCGAAGGUGCAUAGCUUUGGUACUCGUGGGGAUGAAGAGGCUAUGAGGUUUCACACGAAUGUAAACGUUCCACACACGCUGCUUUUUCCGCACCUUCCUGCAACGUUUUCCAGUACAUUCAGGUCGUCAUGUCGCAGGUUCCAAAUUUUCCAUUAACGUCCAUCGAGCGGCAGCUGAAAACGCAUGCCAUUUUAUGCACGACUGGAUUUUUGAUUCUACUUCCUGUUGGUGUUUUGGUGCCCCGCUACACCAGAACCUAUACGAAGAAGUGGUUCCCUGUUCACUUGGCCAUUCAAUUAUGCAUCUCUGCUCCUGUCAUUUUUGCGGGGUGGGCUCUUGGCCACAAGUCCGCUGGUCAACUUGGACUCCCACAUUUCACGGAUACACACCAGAAGGUUGCGCUAGCUUUGUUGAUACUCUAUAUCGUACAGCUUGUAUUGGGGUUGGGUAUCCACUGGGUGAAACCUCGUUGGCUUUCCGGAAGACCACCUCAGAACUAUGUACACGCCGUUCUUGGACUCAUCAUUCUGGUGUUGGCCGCGUAUCAAGUCCAUUACGGGCUGUAUACUGAAUGGGCCUUUGCUACUGGCGGAUUGCAUGUGGUUCCAGAUUCUGCCAAGCAAGCAUGGCUUGCGCUAGUUGUGAUAUUCUGGGUCCUUUAUGGGAUGGGCCUGAUACUUCUACCUCGGCAGUUCAAGCAGGAGAAGAGAAUAGUCCGCCCUGACGAUGGUAUUCCUUUGGGUAGCGGAUCUACUUUGGAAAACCGAGCGUGAUAUGCAACUGUUAAAGUGACACAAGGAUGGUUAUAUUUUUAUGCGACGGAAGAUACAGAACUUUUGUAACUGUUACUCCUGACAAUUUUCGUGGUAGUUACUGAUACAUAUGGAAGUGGGAAACAGAAGAGAUAGUUGGCUACAAAGGCCUUUCGCAGUGGGUAUACGACCAUGAAA